GAGGAUUUGCUCAAAGGAAAGAACAUGAAGAUUUUGUUAGAAAGUAUGACCGGAAAGCCGCAAAAGAAGUUACAGAGUUUUGAUGGGUUGACGCAGCAACAAAAGAUUACAAGAGUUGAAUGGAUGCUUAAAGAACUGCAGGAAACGAAAAUCAUAUCUUCCAGUUUUAAACUUGAUGCACAAAUGUUUUCUAUGAGAAGUUCAAGACAGGUUUUUGAACUUUUGUGGUGCCUCGUUUGUCACGAUAUCUGGUUUGUUUGGAGUAAAUCGAAUGAUUUACAGCAAACUAAAGCAAGAAGAAUACUUGGCACAGCAUUCUCGUGGGUUCCAUCAAAAUGUAUUGGUGACGAGGAAGUUGAGAAAAAAUUUUCUAAAAGCCAUGGUUACCCUGAGCCCGAUGCUUGCAUUCUGGAAAUGAUUAAUGCACAUUUAAAGAUGACGAGAGAAGGACGCAUGCUCAGUCGUGGAGUAAUGACUCUAGAUGAUCUAACGGACAGCAGGGUUUUGUGUGCGCUCGUAAAUUCUUUUGUUCCCGAAACAUUUACAACUGAAGUUCUUCUAAACGACAGAUGGACAGUCAACCUGGCUCUUCGUACGGCAAAUGAAUUUUUUAAAUCAUCGAGCUCAUUUGAUGCUUCAGAUCUUGCUCAGGCAGAUAUCAUGUCGGUUUGUUCUUACUUCGCAUUUUUCUUUAUGUGUGGUUAUAAACUUAGACAGUCUCGGGCAGCACUACAGAGAAUGAAUGAAUUGCUGUUGUGGAAGUUAGAAAUUAAAGAUGAUUUGGAAAAAUGAGGCGAAAAGUUUGAAAAUGCUGUAUUAGAAGAAGCACUUAUUGAUUGCAAACAACAAAUUCAUGAUUUGGAACAGAAAUUUGAUCUCGGUGAAUGUUCUGAAUGGAUGAAAGAUAUAGCAGCUAUUCAAAAUAAUGUUCGAACAAUUGUAUCGAAAAGAAUACAAGAUAAAUACGACAUAAUUAGGGUACCAAGAAACAUGACAAUAAGUGACUUAACAGUUUCAUUGAUUAUCAAUUUAAGUCUCACCUCCGGUGUUGGUUAUUAUGAGUUGAGAACGAAAGAAAUUAUAUCAAGAGACAGAAAAAUAAUCCUUCAGAACACCCAAUCAGAAAGCCUUCGAGCACAUCUCGGCAUCAAGGACACUGUAGAUGAUAUUAACCCAAGGUCUUAUCCAGAUUACAAAAUAUUUGCUGCCAGCCCGUCUCGCAACAAAAUCUUAAAGGCUGGAUCCUUGUUUCUUUAUCAAAUAUUUCCUGGAAGUACUUUGCCUUGUCAAAGAUUGCUCUUUAAAGCUACAAAAUCAGCAGAGAUUGAUACAGUAAAGAAGCUAGUGACGUUUUUCCAGUCAGAUAAGAGCUUUAUCAACUCCAAAGAAAGUGGUUCUGGUAAUACAGCUUUACACCUGGCAUGUCGUCAUGGACAUUUUGAUCUUGUACAAUAUCUAUUGGAGCAUGGUGCACAUAUGGAUGCUUUAAACAACAUGAACUGUACGCCAUUCUUUGCCGCAGUUAGUGCAAAGCAACGAGAAGUAGCUGAGUUGCUGAUUGAAUGGGGUGCUAACAUCUUCAAGAAAAAUUCUUCCGGUAAAACUGCAUUUGAAAUCAUCAACAACGAAAUUUUCACGUCGGAGUUACUUGGUGAGCUGCGAGCAAUUUUUAAGAAGUUUAAAUAUGUGGUUGAAGAUGACACAGUGUGCAAGGACCUGCAAGUUGUGAACGGGGACAUUGAAAAACUAACCGAAGUCAUAGAGCAACAAUCUGUUGGAGGAAUGUCUUUUCGCAGUUUACGCAGCAGGAGGGAGGAAUAUCGAUUACCAGACUAUAAAGGAGCAACUGCAUUACACCGGGUAAAGGAUAAAGACACGUUGAAGAUAUUAUUGGAGGCAGGAGCAAAUAUUGAUGCGGUGGAUGAUGAUGGUAACACACCACUUCAUGUUUUCUGCUAUGGGGAUCAUAUCAAAGACGAUUUUCUUCAAUGUAUGGAAAGUUUAUUGAAUAAGAAGCCAUUGUUAACAGCAAGAAACCACAAGGGAAUGAUGGCGGUUCAUUAUUGUGCACUGCAUGGUCGAGUUGAUGUUGUUGAACUUUUGCUUCAAUAUGAUCAGGAAGGUCUGAUAAAGGAACAACUCAGUUUGAAAAAUAAGGAUUCGCCAUCGAUCCUUUUCUUGGCCUUGGCAAAUGAUCAAUUAGAUGUUGCAUGUUGGUUAACUACGAACAAAUUUGCAUUUUAUCCUGACGAGGCUGAUCAACUCAUGCAAAAAAUCAUUUUCGGUGAAAUGUCAUGCUCGAACUAUCUGUCCACGAUGCAAUUUUUACUAGACCACGGAGGAGAUCCUGGAUGUGUUGAUGCAGCAGGAAACACGCUUCUUCAUUAUGUUGCUGCUAAUCCUGAUCUCAGUGAGUUGUUGGAGAUGCUGGUAGAGAAGGAUGCCGACGUAAACGCCUUAAACACGGAUGCUAUGUCACCGCUGUUCUUUGCCGCAAAAAGUAGCUGCAUCUACAAUGCUAGUGUUUUGAUUGCAAAUGGUGCUGAUAUUAAGCUAAAAAACUACCAAGGUUUAACAGCGCUAGAUUUCAUCACUGAUUUUGAAGAAUGGAAAAACUCUGGAUUUUUAAUGAAGAAAUGA